ACACGUCUGGGAGGACUUGGCCGGAAGGAGGUGGACAGACGCGCCCCAGGAGCAGGGAUGGGCGGCGGCGGGGGCAAAGCGUGUGCAAGCGCGAGCGAGCGGGUGCGCGUCUUCAGGGGCGAGGGCUCGCGCGAGGGUGCGAACGCGCUCCCGGGCCGCCGCCGUCGAUCCCGGCCCGCGCGCUCGAUGACAGCCCUGCACUUUGUACCCGCUCCCUAAGUCCGGCCUUGACUCCGCUACCCUCCUUUGGCGGUCUCAGGGCCGAUCCGGCGCGCAGGCGCGGGGCUGACUGGGGCGUGGCCGACCGCGUGCGCGCGCAGGCGCCCAUUUGCGGCGCGUCUGGCCCGGCCAGGUCAUGAGUCUCGGUCCGGCUGCGGGAUCCGUGCGGGCGCGCUACCUCGUGUACUUCCAGUAUUUGGGCACGGACUUCAACGGGGUCGCGGCCGUCCGGGGCGCCCAGCGCGCUGUCGGGGUCCUGAAUUAUCUGGAGGAGGCUGCAGAGCGGCUGAAUUCCGUGGUGCCGGUUAAGUUCACCAUCUCAAGCCGCACGGACGCUGGGGUUCAUGCCCUGUGCAACACCGCACACCUGGAUAUCCAGCGCCGCUCAGGCCGGCCACCCUUCCCUCCCGAGGUCCUAGCCCAGGCUCUCAACACCCACCUGAAGCACCCGGCCAUCAGGGUACUGCAGGCUUUCCGAGUGCCCAGCGACUUCCACGCGCGAUAUGCGGCCACGUCCAGGACCUACCUGUACCGCUUGGCAACUGGCUGUCUUCAGUCUGAGCAGCUGCCUGUGUUUGAACGAAGCCUAUGCUGGGCUCUGCGGCCAGACUACCUGGAUGUUGACGCCAUGAGAGAAGCUGCUCAGCACCUCCUUGGGACCCAUGACUUCAGUGCCUUCCAGUCAGCUGGCAGCCCGGCCACCAGCUCCGUGCGAACACUGCACCGAGUCUCAGUGUCCCUGGGCCCAGCCAGCCCCUAUGUCCUUCCUCAGGAGAGCAGGAGAUUGCGCUUCUGGAACCUGGAGUUUGAGAGCCAGUCUUUCCUGUACAGACAGGUCCGGAGGAUGACAGCUGUGCUGGUGGCCGUAGGGCUGGGGGUUUUACUGCCUGCCCAGGUGAAGAUGAUUCUGGAGAGCCGAGAUCCCUUAGGCAAACACCAGGCUCAUGUGGCCCCAGCACAUGGCUUAUUCCUGAAAUCAGUGCUCUAUGGCAGCUUAAGGGAGUCUGGUCCUUCCUCCUGCAUCCUGCAAGGUGUACAAUGUGAAAGCUACAGGGACCCUGGACCCUCAGCUGAGGUCAAUCCGGUUACAGCACUCCAGCACAGCAGGCACUAACCCUGUGCUGGUCAAGACAGGGUAUCCACAGCCACUUGAGGCCACAGCAUUUCCACUACCCUGGACACUGCUCUCUGCCCUGGUGGGGAGUGGAGGACAUGCUGGUAUGGGAUGGGGUGUGGGAGACAGGUAUGUGAUAGGAAGGGAAAACCAGGCAACGCCUGUGGCUCAGUGAGUAGGGCACCAGCCCCAUAUACUGAGGGUGGUGGGUUUGAACCCGGCCCCAGCCAAACUGCAACAAAAAAAA